AUAUUUUUACUAAAAUACAUGAUACUGAAAAUUUAGAAUUACACAAUAUCAGUUUUUCUUUAAAUUAAAUCAGUGCACAACCGGAAUAAAAGUAAUAGAACAAUAUCGAUGGGAGGAAGUAGGCUGUUCUGUCUGUGUUGAUUACAAAGGUGUGGAAAGUUUGCUAAGUUUGUGGUGUGUUGGAAUUCCCUUGCUCGAGGCAUUUUUAAUCGGAAUAUCUGGUUAGGGCCACAUGCUGCCAGCCUACAAUUAAAAUGCCGGUGGUUGGUACUGCAGAACUGUGAAUAAACUUAGAUUAUCCAGUCAAGCAAGAUAUUGGAGGAGAUUAGUUAGUGUGCAGACUGGCAAGAUUAACUGGGAAGAUAAAGUAAAUAAUCUGCUUCAUAACUGCCAAAAUGGAAGUCCUGCAUAUAGGAUUACUGCUGAUAGUUUUUACAGUGUUUCAAGUGGCCUCGGGCCAGGAGUAUGACUACCGUCUCCAGCCCCAGUGUGAGCAGGGGAGUUGUUACCCCGCUACCGGUGACCUGCUUAUUGGACGAGAAAGCAACCUCACGGCAAAUUCAACAUGUGGUAUUGACCGACCCGAGCGGUACUGCAUUGUUAGUCAUUUGGAUGACGAGAAAAAGUGUUUUCUGUGUGACUCCCGAAAUGUUUGGUCGCAGUCAGCUCCAAACAGCCACAGGAUUGAAAAUAUAGUGUCCUCUUUUCGUGAGAGGAAAUUUAAGUGGUGGCAGGCAGAAAAUGGUGUUCAACAUGUGUACAUUCAGCUUGACUUAGAGGCGGAAUUUCACUUUACUCAUUUAAUUAUGACUUUCAAGACAUUUAGACCAAAGGCGUUGUACGUAGAGCGAUCAUUCGAUUUUGGCAAUUCUUGGAAAAUUUAUAGGUAUUUUGCUUAUGAUUGUGCCAAGUCGUUUCCUGGAGUGGCAACAGGACCUUUCCGGAAUUUGACCGAUGUUAUCUGUGUUUCCAAAUACUCUGAUGUCGUGCCUUCGUCAGAAGGAGAGUUGGUGUUCCGUGUGUUGCCGCCAUUUUUCCGUAUCAGCGACCCUUACAGUAAAGACGUACAGGACCUGCUCAAACUCACCAACCUCCGUGUUGUCUUCACAGAACUGCACACACUAGGUGACACAGUGUUUGACGGUCGCCAGGAUAUCCGUGAGAAGUAUUACUACUCCAUGUACGACAUGACAGUAAGAGGUAGCUGCUCGUGUUACGGCCAUGCUUCCCGAUGUGUUCCUGUUGAUGGAUAUAACAAUGAAAACAAUCUCAAUAUGGUAAAUGGCAUGUGUGAAUGUACCCACAAUACGAAGGGCCUGAAUUGUGAACUGUGUCAGGACUUCUACAACGAUAAACCAUGGAGACCUGCACAACAUUCCGACACCAACGCCUGUCAGAGAUGUGAGUGUUACAACCAUGCUACUGCCUGUCAUUUUGAUGCGGGUGUAUACGAACUGACGGGGCGUGUGAGCGGGGGAGUGUGUGACGACUGUCAGCACAACACGAUGGGCCGCAACUGCCAAGAAUGUCGGGCUGGCUACUUCCAGGACCCCAACAAGGAGCUGUAUGACCCAAAUAUCUGUCAACAGUGUGACUGUGACCCUACCGGUUCCCUGUAUGAUGGUGAGUGUGAGCGUAUGACAGACGAGGAGCUUGGUCUGGAGGCAGGGCGCUGUAACUGUAAGACAUAUGUGACGGGUCGUAGGUGUGACUCCUGUAUAGAUGGGUACUGGAACCUCCUCGAUGACAACCCUAAUGGAUGUGAAGCCUGCACCUGUGAUCCCAUGGGAACGCUGGAGAACUUUGGAUGUGACCAGUACACAGGCUACUGUACCUGUAAACGUUACGUUACCGGCAAGAACUGUGACCAGUGCUAUCCUGGGUUCUGGGGAAUGAGCAAUGACCUGAACGGAUGUCGCCCAUGUGACUGUGAUGUGGGAGGAGCAACGAGUGACGCAUGUGAUGUCGAGACGGGCCAGUGCACAUGUAAAGACAACAUCCAGGGGAGACAGUGUCACCAGGUCCAGCCUGGAUAUUUCUUCACUAGAAUGGACUGGUACACUUAUGAGGCAGAAUUUGCUGAAGGAUUUGGGAACACACGUGUUUAUAUCCGUGAGCUAAUUCCGGACUACCGUAGCUGGACGGGGCCGGGCUACAUGCGGGUGAUCGAGGGUGAUGCCAUUCUGUUUUCCGAUAUCUCCGUAGACUUCCCCAUGUACUAUGACAUUGUCAUCAGAUACGACCAGAGGAUGACAGAGAAGUGGGAUGAUGUUCGUGUACGAGUGAUUCGUCCAGACAUUGUCGACAGGGACGGACCGUGUGCCAACGCCAUUCCUCAAGAUGAUGAUAAGGCUGUCAUGUUGCAACAGAGUUCUAGGUUUGUGACUGUGGAGCCCUCUGUCUGCCUGGAGAGUGGGCAAAACUACAGCAUCCGGAUCGAGUUCAGCCGAUACAAGAGUGACCGACAAACCCCAGACGCAACUGUCCUUAUUGAUAGUAUCAUCCUGGUCCCUAACACGGAAAGCAUCCCGAUCUUCCUUGGUCCCGGGCUCCCCGAUUACAUGAAGAACGAGUACCUGCGUUACCGAUGUCGUGAACUCCAGUUGCACGUGCACCAGCCAGAACUGCCAGAUCUCUGCAAGAAGCAUGUGUUCUCCAUCUCCGGCAUUAUCCACCAUAGGGCACUUGAUUGUGACUGUGACCUGACAGGUUCUCUGAGUUUUGAGUGUGACCCAGUGGGAGGCCAGUGUCAGUGUAAGGAACACGUGGUGGGACGUCGUUGUGACCAGUGUGCUCCGGGCACUUAUGGAUUCGGACCAAAUGGAUGCACACCUUGUAAUUGCCAUGCAAUUGGAGCCAGAGAUAACUUCUGUGACAUUGAGACCGGUCAGUGUUUGUGUAUCCCCAAUGUUCACAAGCGAAUCUGCGAGGAAUGUGAACCUGGUUACUAUGGUUUCCCGUACUGCCGAGCAUGUGAUUGUAACGGGAAUGCUGAAACCUGUGAUAACCUGACUGGAGAGUGUAUUUCCUGUACAGACAACACAACAGGGGCUCACUGUGAAAGAUGUCUGGCUGGUUUCUAUGGCGACCCACGGUUGGAUGUGCGUGAGCCAUGUCGUGCCUGUAUGUGCCCUGGCGGUCCGUACAGCAAUGCCCAGCAUGCCGAUACUUGUUACUACGACCCUAGACUGGAAUACGUUGUCUGUGAAUGUGACAUUGGCUACAAAGGGCCUGACUGCGGUGUAUGUGAUGAGAACUACUUUGGAAAUCCUCAAGAAGACAACGGUACAUGUGGGAUGUGUGAAUGUAGCGGAAAUAUUGACCCAGAUGAUAUCGGGAACUGCGACCACGAGACAGGGGAAUGCCUCAAGUGUCUAUUCAACACCGAGGGCUUCAACUGUGAGAAAUGUGAAGCCGGUUACUACGGCGAUGCACUCACUCAAAAUUGUAUCGAGUGUGUCUGCAACCCUAUUGGCACAAACAAGUCAGCUGGAGAUUGUGACCGAGUGUCAGGGCAGUGCCCAUGUCUGCCCAACGUCGUGGGUCAGAAGUGUGACAUGUCGGCCCCAGGAUUCUGGAACAUGACUGAGAAAAUCGGGGCCAUCACAUGUGCCUGCGACCCAGACGGAAGCUUUGGCUUUGAGUGUAAUGAGUUCACAGGCCAGUGUGACUGCUUGAUGGGGCGUGGUGGGCGCACAUGUAGCGAGUGUGAGGACCUGUUUUGGGGAGAACCCACUGAGGAGUGCUACCCAUGUGAGUGUGACGUACAAGGCUCAGCGCAGGCCCAGUGUGACCGCAAAACCGGCCAGUGUGUGUGUAAGGUGGGAAUCAGUGGCUACAAGUGUGACCGAUGUGACCGGGGAACCACCGGGGAGCUGCCCAACUGUGUGCCCUGCGGAGAUUGCUUUGACAACUGGGAUAGGGUUGUCAGGGACCUUAGGGACCAAACUAGCUCACUGGUAAGCCAGGCUGAGAAUAUCGCCAUUGAGGGUGCGGCCGGGGCGUUUGACAAGGAGUUCCGUGUGAUGGAGGAUAACCUGGCUGAGAUACGAAGAAUCGUGGAGGGUGCAGGCGUAUCUUCUUAUGACGUUGAGGAGUUACAGAUGAUGAUUAAAACCAUGAGGGAGAACCUGACUGCCAACAUCGAGGACCUGGAUACCAUGGAUGAGAACCUCCAGACCACUAUGGGUCGUAUACAGGAGGGGAACAGUCGCAUAUCUGCCCUACAGCUAGGUGUAGAGGAACUCAACAAGAAGGCCGAGUUGCUCCGGAAAAAUGCUAGCGAUAUACAGGCUCAGGACGUUGAAGGUGCAAUCAACAUCACACGAGAGGCUGAACAGAGGUCCCUGCAGGCACAGAGUGUAGUGGAUGGCACCAACAAGUACCUAGAUGACUCUGCCGCUGUUCGUGGCCGUGUAGAGAAAAUCCUGGAAGACAACUUAAGUGACUUCAACACAAGUAUUGAGAACAACCAGGAGGCCCUCAGAGAGCUUGACGAUAAAGUGUCUAUGCUCAGUGAUAUGCUCCCGGAAAUUAAUGGCAAAGUGUGUGAUCGUUCAGGUGACCCAUGUGAUGAUGUGUGUGGCGGGGGUGGGUGUGGCUCUUGUGGAGGGCCCAGCUGUGAAAAAGGGGCUGUUACCAGGGCAGAUAAUGCCCUGGACCUGGCCAUGAAGGCAGAAACUCUCCUGAAUGUAAAGGAAAACAAUGCUCAAGGACUUGCAACAAAUGUUUCCCGUGCCCAUGACCUUUCCCAGAUGGCCAAAAUGGAGGCCCAGAUGGCAUUUGCUGAGGCGUCGAAGGCCAAGACGGCCUCAGAGGACACGAGAGCUGACCUAGAGAAACUCCUGACUGAUGUGAGAGAUUUCCUGCAGCUGAAUGGGGCAGAACCAAAAAACAUAGAGGCUACCGCGAAUGAGGUACUGGCUAUGACAAUCUCGCUACAGCCUGAGCAGGUGAUCCAACUUGCCCAGGAGAUUAACCAGACAAUCCAGGGUCUACAGAACAUCGACAACAUCCUUGAUGACACACGUGAGGACCUCGGCACUGCUGAGAAGCUCAAAGAGAGAGCAGAAAAUGCCUCAAAGGCAGCAGCAGCCAUCUUGGACAUAGCCCAGGGUGUUUUGAAGGCACUGAACGGCUCAAAGGAGGCUCAAGACAAGGCUAAGAUGGCCAUCGACCAAGCCGACAGUGACAUCAGCGAUGCCCAAACCGAUCUUACACAGAUCGAGUCAGAAACUACGGCCGCAGAGGAGAAGUCUAAGAACACGAUGGACAAGGUGGAUACGUUGCGGGAGAACCUGGACGGGCUACAGACAAAGAUUACCGAGAAUGAGUUCAAGGUGAAAAAUGCCGAGGACACAGCUAAUGAGGCAGAAAACCUCGCUAACCAGGCAUCUACGAAAGCACAAAGUCUUGAAGAUCAGUACCCAGAUGUUUUGAAUAAACUGAACGACAAAUACAACUCGACUGCUGAUGCCAAGAGCAGGGUGGAGAAUCUGAGAAAGCGUGCCGAUGACCUGGCCACAGAAUCUACUGCCAAACUGAAGAAAUUAAGAGAUAUGAACACGGAGUUUGAGAAUUAUGAACAGCAGCUUGUUAAGCUAACCAGUCGUAUAGAUGAAUAUAAUGCUAAUAUGACCAAAUACUUGGAGGCUAUUCAACAGAAGGCCAAUGACUAUAGAACAUGUACAACAUAGUUACGUAUAGGGCAUUAGUUAUAAAGCUGACUUUCACUGAGGACAAUUGCAAUAUUUGAUCUGUUUUGUGUGUAAAUUGAUUUUGUGCGACGUAUUUUGGAUGUCGGCUGACUGACAGAUUCACUACAGCUGUGAAACGCCUCUCGACUUUUUCUUGAAUUAAUUUCAUUUUUGUUGUUCAAGAGAUUGUGUUUCCAAAGCAAAGGAAUGUCCGGACCAAAGAAACUCUGAUAUGUAAUGUACAGUGAAAACCAAACAAUGUAUAAAUAUCUACUUAAUGGAUCGAAAUAAUAGACAAGUAAGCCAACACCUUAGGGAGGGAUAACUGAGGACUGUUGUCAAGAUGUUCCGAUUUACUUUUCUCAUUUUGACUGGAAAAAAAUCUAGUGAAACUGACAGUAGAAAGUUGGUGUGGAAACUAAUGCAAUUAAAUUUGCGUAAGAUAUCUACCAGUAUAUGCUUUAUGUGACUGUAAUGUGAGUUUCAUUCAAUGGGCUGUUUCAGUAAAGAUUUAAAGUCGAUUUUAGUCGUAAAUUGAAAUUAUCUUAGUGUUAUAGUUGCAUUAUUUUGCUACAUAUUUGAGUGAACAGAAAUUGAGCCAGUAUUUAAAAUGAAUGCAAAGUUAAGAAUAAAAAUCAGUAUGUUCCCAUUAUUGACAUUUAUACAGAUUAAAGAUUAUUUACUGGUAAUAUAAAUAAAAUCCUCAAAUGUUAAAUACUUUUUGAAAAGGGCCACAGGAACUUUACAAAUUGCCACACAAUUCAAGCGAGUAUUGGAAGAGAUUUUUGAAUAAGGUUCUAGAUAUUCUCUUGAAGAGAAAUAUUGAAGGUUAGAAAGAAAGGAAAUGGUAUCUUUUCAUAGUAAGCAAUUCAUUUAAAUUCAUUCUCAGGUUUACGGCAUAGAAUUGUAUUUUUGUUGAAUCUCAAAUGAGACAGUCUUCAGGAAAGUAGCAAUGUACAGUGGAAGAGUCAGUGACCCGGAGCUUUGUUAGGUUUACGAUAUGUUUCACUUGUUUAACGGCCAGUAUUUACACAGCGAGUAGAUUAUUUAUUGUUAUAAUGUUGAAUCCGGUAUGCUGUACUUAAUGUGUAUAGAAUGUUAACUGUACACAGUUAAAACUCUUUUAACGUAGCAUAUGCUUAAAUCUUACACCGAUUUAAAGGGGAAAUAUGUUACGCUUGGUAACAUUUGAAUCUCUUCCAAAGAUAAUUGAUUUGUCAACAGUCUGGUGUGUAAAAAAACCCCAUUAAAAUACGGACAAUUUCACUUUUUUGAAAGGAAUUUGAAAAAUGGUCAUGUAUAUGAAUGACAUCAGUUUAAGUUUUCUCGGUGGCUUGACAAUAAUCGACUGCUUUACACAUAAUAUGAUGAUGGUUCUGUGUUUUAUCUAUUCUGUUUGUUCAUCUUUUCACCAAUCUCUCAUGUGAUACAUACAACUUACCCCCCGUGCCAUAAGACGAUCGCUUGUAUAAAAAUGUAGUUAUUUAGUCAAAGCUUUGUUUUAUAGGGCUAAAAAGCAAUUUUAUUCACAAAGUCUUGUUUUAACUGUUCCUUGCUAUUUUUUUGUAUCCAUGUUUUGUUUUAAACCAAAUGCUGCUUUGGCGUUUUAUUGUGUACGAAAACGUAUUUUUUAUCUGUAUUAUAAAUCGUGUAUUUUAUGAUUUUUUUUUAUAACUAGAUUCAGAAUUAUGGCAAAAAAUGGCUUAUACAUGUAGAUAAGGAUGUUAAACAAAGACGCAUAUAUAAUAUUCCAUGAGUUUAAUUGAUUUUAAAAUCAUUUUGAAAUACAACAAAGAACUAUAAGAAGUCAUUAGUUUCAUAGAAUGUUUGAACAAAUUAAAAUAGAUAUCGUCUUAGAACUGCAAAGAUUGAAUGAAUGAAAUAAAUAUGGAUUUUAAUUUAUGAUUUUAACUUAAGAACUUUGUCAUAAUUCUGAAGCCAGUUUUAGUCUUGUGUACAAUGUACCAUUCUUUAUGGUACCCAUGUUUGGCUAUUCUAUAUCAUGAACUCUGGGACAUCCAGUGUGUGUAUACCACGUGAUAAAUUACGUCAUAAAUGCUACGUCGGAAAUUAUCAGGUGCUAUACACACACUGACAUCGCUGUCCUAUCUUUUAUGGUGUACCUAACAUUAAAACUUGCAUUGUAUUUACUCAUUAUCAGCAUACGUGUAAAUUCAUUAGAUUUUUACAAUUUCAAAAGGACUGCUUGACAAUAACUUAUUGCUUUCAAUUAUAUCUAUUGCAAAAGAACAAAUUUCAAUAGUUUGAUCAAAACCUUCAAUGUACAUUGUAAAUAUAUUUUGCUGAUUUGAAAAAAAGAGAAGAAAUGGUGACUGUAAUUUUAAUAGAUAACUGUGUCCAUGUUUAAUUUGUGUACACACAUAAUAGGCUGAAGCUAGACACGGCCUGUGCUAUUUAUAGAAGCAUUUUCCUGUAUCAUCAUCGUUUAUUUUUACCAAAAACCCAUAAGGCUUUCAAUGCCAGUUUUUAAUUGUGUUGUGACAAAAGUUCUCUUAGCAAAAUUGAGCUACGAAUAUCAUAUCUUGUGCCAAGUCGUUGUGAGUCACAAAUUAUAUAUUUAUAUUAUACAUUUAUACAUACUUUGUAUAUUUAUAGUGUAUUUGAUAAUUAAGAAAUUACCUCAGUUUGCGAGAAUUUAGUCAAUUUUAUAUAGAAUAUAGUAUGUACAACCAUAAUUACUACCUAUGUUAUAAUAGCAUAAUUUACUACUUCAAAACCUGACAUACAGGUAGCUAUACUGCAGGUAUACCUUUGUAUUGGAAACUUAUUAUUGCCAGUUCUUUUCUUUUGCUUCUUACAGAAUAAUUCAUUCACUGUGAUAAUAAAUUGAACGAGGAAUUUAGAAAUCUUCCAAACUAUUUCUGUAACAUAAAUCACAUGGCUGGAGUAACAGCUCAAUGUUAUUCCUUGUAUGAAACUUUGAAUUCGGUAAAUUCAUUAGUUUCAAAAAGCUUACUGAAAUGAAAUAUCGCAUAAAUAUAUGCGUCAAUAAUAAGAAUGUUAAUAUGUAAUGGAAAUAUGAUAAAUUAAUUGUUUGAUUUUAAUUCAGGACACCUUAGAUCAAAUACAGCACCACCGGGCCUCAAUUUCUUGAAACUUCUGAUGCCUCUUAUAACAGGUUUAAGCUAAGCUCACUUUCUUAAUUUUGCUAUAAUUCAGUUUUUGUAUUUACUUCUUUAAUAUUUCUUAGACUUCAAAUAGGAAUUAUCUUUCUUAUUAUUACGAUUAACCAUUGUUCUUUUCUCAAAAUCUAAUUUAAGUAUGCAUUUUGGCUUUUUGAAAUAAGCUACUUAUGCCUGUUAGCCUUCAGAAGUUUCGAGAAAUUGGAACCCCGAUUAUAAAUAAACACAAUCAAUUCUCAAGAAGCUAAUUGCUCAAUUUUUGUGAUCUUGGCGCCAGUGCAUCCAUCAUAGACUAACAUCCUUUUAUCCCUCAGAAAUACAUGAAAAUCAACUUCCUUUUCAAUCAUUGGUUAGGUUUGUUUUUAGCAGUUUGUGCGUUACUGUUAAGGCAUUAUCACUUGUGUUAUAAAUAAGCCCGUCUGUAAACAAAUCUAUAGGCAUACACUACAUGUUCAUUUUGUGAUCAGUACCAAAUGUCAAUAAUAAUGACCAAAUUUAUGUCGUCUAUCUUUAAAUCAACUGCCGUUGUGGCAAACGAACCAGUCAAAAAUGUGUAAAUACUAGUUGUAGCAUAAUAUGAGUGUACCAGAUCUGUUUUCUGGUGUUUUGGUAGGUUGUCUAUAAUGUUUAUCAUGGUUUUGAAGCUUUAGUAAUUUUGUACUCAAUGCAUUUUUGUUUAAACAUUUGGUAUUACUUUUGUGUACACAAAUAAAAAGCAACGUAAUAAAUUGGCAGUCCCUCCA